AGUCAAAUCUGAACGUCAGGGCUGAAGAAGGGAUCUGUUUCAGCUUCUACAUUUUUAUAAGAUUUAUUAUUUGUAACAUUUUAAACACUCCUGGAACAAACACAACACAGAAACCUCCAACCAGAAGACAGUUAAUGAACUUUCAUCCAUAAACCUGGAGAAGUGAAACCUGAUCGGACUCUACCAAAUGGCUGCCCGGGAGAACCAUCUGACAGCCACUCUCCUGACCUCCAUCMUGGCAGCGGUGCUCGGCUCCUUACAGGCUGGAUACCACAGCAGCAACAUCAACGCUCCAGGAAAGAUCAUUGAAGAGUUUUUCAACAACACUUGGAGAGCCAGACACAACCAGUCGAUGCCAGAUCACAGCCUGACUCUGCUGUGGUCGGUUUCUGUCAGCACGAAGGACUUCGGGGCUCUGCUGGGCUCACUGGGAGUUAAAUACUUGGCAGAUUCUCAUGGCAGGCGUAACUCCAUCUUGAUAGCUAACAGUUUGUCUGUGGUGGGGGCGUGCAUUAUGUUUGCCUCCAAAGCCAGCGGCUUAUUUGAAGUUCUCAUCCUGGGACGGUUGGUGUUUGGUCUUUUCUGUGGUCUAGUGAUGAGUCUUAACCCUCUAUACAUUCAGGAAGUUUCCCCUACCAAUCUGAGAGGGGCCUUUGCCACACUCAACCAGGUGUCCUUUGCCUCUGGCAUCCUGGUAGGAAUGGUGGCUGGUCUGGACACGGUGCUGGGUACAGAGGAUUACUGGGCCAUCAUGCUGUUGCUGUCUCUCAUUCCAGCCAUCACACAGUAUCUGGUCCUGCCUUUCUGUCCUGAAAGUCCACGCUUCCUUCUUAUAAACCAUGCAGAGGACAGUAAAGCUGAAGCUGCCCUGCUGAGACUGCGAGGCAGAGCAGACCUGGUGUCAUUUGAGCUGCAACAGAUUAAAGAGGAGGCAGCGCACACUCAGAGCACGCUCACCAUCGGAGAUUUCUUCAAGAAAAAAAGUUACAGACAGACAAUAAUUAUUGUUCUCAUCAACACUUUGGGAAGCCAGCUCUCUGGAUUCAAUGCGGUGAUUAACUAUUCCACCAGAAUGUUCCAGGCCAAUUUUCAUAAUGCCAAAUAUCUGACUCUGGGUGUGGGAGCUGUCAAUGUUUUCUUCACUCUAGUAGCGUUCUUCCUGAUGGAGAGGGCGGGGAGGAGGAAGCUGCUGCUCACUGGUUUUAUCUGCAUCGCAGUGAGCAGCUUACUUAUGACCAUAGUCGAUUCUGUCCAGCACCUGGUUCCAGAACUGCGAAGUCUGCAGGUGCUGCUAGUUUUCUGUAUUAUCUCAGCCUAUGAGCUGGGCCCUGGUCCCAUCUCCUGGUUCCUUGCUGGUGAGCUGUUCGACCAGCCUGGCAGACCCAUCGCUAUGGCCUUCACCAGCAUGCUGAACUGGAGUGGCAAGUUUCUGCUGGCACUUCUCUUUCCUCCAUUAAUGAAAACCUGUGGUGCUUGUGUUUACCUCAUUUUUAUGGCGGUGGCUCUGCUCACCUUCAUUUUAUUAUGGAUUCGCCUCCCAGAGACUCGAGGUCGCACUUUCGAUGACAUUGCUGARGAGUUCAGAGAAACAGAAGAAAUCCCUUUGCACAACAGCACUGGAUUCAACACGUUCAACAAAUAAAGAACCUCUUAUAAAGAUUGAAGUCUGGAUCAAGCUCAAAAAGAAAAAAUCAGUAGGUCCUGUGGAUGGGUUCUUCUUUAAUGAAAUGUUUCAUCUCUCCUCUUCAGUCUGAGGAGUUUCAGGUGAACUCAGCCUUAUAAGCUCCGCCUCCACAUGGACAAACAGGUUAGUCAUGUGCAGGGGUGCUGCCAGCAAUGUUGGUCCCAAUGACGAAAAAUCUAACUGGGCCCCCUCGUUCAGACUGCAGGGCUUAAUGUUCAAUUCUAAUUUUUUUUGGAGAAAAAAAAAUCAGAUUUUUGGCAUGGAUGUUCACAUUACCUUUUAAAUGCAUCUUCCAUCAGACUCCAGUGUGAACUCCCCACAGCCCUGGUGUGAUCCGCAUGCACAGAUAAAGCUGUGACAUCACAUGGUGUUUACAGAAGCAGCUAAACAUGGAUGCUACUUCUAAUGUAUCGAUCCUGAAGUUUUUCAAUCAGAACUGAUUAAAUAAUUAUCUGACAUGCUUGUUUA